AUAUUUUUAAAAAAGCAAAGGGAGUCGCCGCUGGUGCCUACACAUCAGAUGCUUAGACCUGUAUAGUUUAUUGCCAUCUAAAAGAAAUGUAUUUGUUUGCGUUUUAAUUUUUGUUUGGUGAGCUACUGUCAAAAAGAAAAAUGACAGAAGAGUCGGCUGUAAAAGUUUGUGUUCGAGUCCGUCCGCUUAUUGCGAGGGAAGAAAGUACGUCAUCAGAGAGUGCAGAACCUGUUCAGCUGUUUUGGAAAGCUGAUAAGAAGUCAAUUCAUCAGAUCGAUGAUGGGAAUUCCACCAAGAGCUUUAGUUUUGACCGUGUGUUCACUGCUGAAGAAACAACCAGUCAGCUGUACCAGGGCAUUGCAAAACCUCUGGUUGUUUCCACUGUUGAGGGCUACAAUGGAACUAUAUUUGCUUAUGGACAGACUUCGUCUGGAAAGACUUUCACCAUGAUGGGGAGUGACCAUAUUCCUGGAGUUAUUCCCCUGGCUGUGGAAGAUGUCUUCCAGACCAUUAAAAAUUGUCCUAAGAAGGAGUUCCUUCUCAGGGUGUCUUACAUGGAGAUCUACAAUGAGACCGUGACUGAUCUGCUUGUUGACAGCUGGAAGCGAAAACCUCUGGAAGUCAGAGAGACAAUCAAUAAAAACAUUUACGUGGCUGACCUGACAGAGGAGCUGGUUACAUCUCCUGCACAAGCCCUAGCCUGGAUUCGGAAAGGAGAAAAGAACCGCCACUACGGAAAAACAAAAAUGAACCAGCGGAGUAGCCGCUCACACACCAUUUUCCGAAUGAUCCUGGAGAGCCGAGAAAGGAGUGACCCAGCAUCAGGUGAAAAUGCAGAUGGAGCCAUUAUUGUGUCUCAUUUGAAUUUAGUUGAUCUAGCUGGAUCUGAGAGAGCAAGUCAAACAGGAGCUGAAGGCACACGUUUUAAAGAAGGUUGCAAUAUCAAUCGCAGCCUGUUCACACUCGGCCAAGUGAUCAAGAAACUGACUGAUGAAAGCCAGAAGGGUUUCACAAACUACAGAGACAGUAAAUUAACCCGCAUCCUGCAGAACUCCUUGGGUGGGAACGCUAAAACAGUCAUCAUCUGCACCAUCACUCCUGUCACUCUAGAUGAGACCCUCAGCACUCUUCAGUUUGCCAGCACUGCAAAGAAAAUGAAGAACGACCCCCAUGUGACAGAGGUGUCUGAUGACGGGGCUCUGCUCAAAAGGUAUCGCAAUGAGAUUGUAGACCUCAAACGACGUCUUCAGGAAGUAAGUUCAGUAACACAGACCACAGCGACUGAGAAGGAGGUUCUCUCCCAGCUGCUCCAAGAAAAGGAUCAACUCCAGAGAGAACAAGAGGACAGGAUCAAAAACCUAACCAAACUUCUUGUCACUAGCUCCAACCUGGUUCCUUUUAAAAAGAUGCCUAAGCGCAGAGUUACAUGGGGAGGAAAAAUGCUCAGACUUGCUCGUCCAUCUGCCUGUGAUGGUUCAUCUGACCUCAGCUUUGCAGAUCCUUUCAUUCGGAAGAGGAAAGCUGAUCGCUCUUGCCUGAUGGAGCUGGGUGAAGAUGAUGAGGACUUUGACACUCAUUGGGAGAUUCCUGAUGAGCCGUCAGAUGAAAUGGAGAUCAGUCAGAGCUCUGUCACUGUUCGAAGCUUUGGAGACAGUCCCAAAGACUUUGUGUCUCCAGACCGGAUGCGUGAGCUUUCAGGGAAAGUGUCCAACCUGGAACUACAACUGGAAAUGGAGAGUCAACAGAAAGAGGAGGCCAUGACAAAAGUAGAAACAUUGAAUCGAAGAGUGGCAGAGCUGCAGCUGCAACUGCAAACAGAGUCUCAACAGAUACAGGAGGCCUUAAAGAAAAUACAGACAGCAGAACAGAGGGCAACAGAGUUGGAGCUGCAGCAACAAACAGAAGCUCAGCAGAAACUGGAUGCCAUGGAAAAAGUGGAGAUGCUGCAGUUGAGAGUGGCAGAUCUGGAGAGACAGCUUGAAGAACAGAGCCAUGGUCAGACUGAAACUGAGCAGAUGAGAAGAGAGUUUGCAGAAACCAUCCAGCUGUGUGAAACUCUGGCUUCAGAGAAGGACAUGGUGGUUACUGAGCGAGACUAUCUGAAGCAGGAGCUGGGGAUGUUCAUAGAGCAGACUAAAAGUCUGGAGAAAGAGAAAACUGCUCUGUCACAGGAGCUGGAGGAGAAGAGAGAGAUGGAUGAGUUCAAAUCUCUGGAGGAGGAGUUCAGGAAGGAGCAGGAGAGUGAAUUGCAAAAUGAAAUUUCCAGCUUGAAGAAGGCCAUUGAAUCCUCCGAACUCCAAUACCAGGAGCUACAGGCCAAACUAGAAACACUCUCUGAGGAGCUAAAGAAGAAAACUGAAUUUGCAGAGGAACUUCAGAAUAUGAAUGGCAAGGACCUGGUGCAGGAGGUGGCAAAGCUUCGUCGCUCUCUGGAUGAUGCAGAGGGAGUCAGCAGAGAUACGAAGAAGGAAUGGGCUUUCUUGCGCAGUCAGAACAUCACUCUGGAGGAGAUGAAUAUGACCCUUACUGCCAAAUUUGAGAAGAUGGAGGCUGAGGUGAAUAGCCUCCGUUUUCAACUUGAGACAGAAAAGUCACGCUACAAAAAGAUGCAGAGCGAUCUCCAAAAGGAGCUGAAUGUUGCAUUUGAUGAGAACACCAAGCUCACCGCUCUGCUAGAUGGCAAAGUCCCAAAAAAUCUGAUAGACUGUGUGGAACUUGAAAGGACAGUGGCUAAUCUGAAUAAAGAGCUGGCAGCAUCCUGCAAAGCAGAGGGAGCUCUCAGAGCUCAACUUGAGGAGCUGGCUUCAUUUCAGACUCUUCCAGAUAAGGUGGACAAUUUGAUGAAGCAAGUUUGUGAGUUGACCGAGGAGCUGUGUACUGUUCAGACUCAGAGGGACAGCUUGAUCUCAGCCCAAGCUCAGUAUCAGGAGGAGGCUCAGCAGCUCAGAAGCUCCCUGCAGACAUCUCAGGAUGAGAUUCUGAAAAUUCAAGCAGACCUUACUGCUGCUGCUCUGAGAGAGAAUGAGCUGAGCCAGCAGUGUGCUGAUGUAACACAGCAGCUGGAUUCACUUCGCACAGACCUGGAGAGCUCUGAUGCAGAGAGGAGUCAUCUUAUGGCUAGCAUUCAAGAGAUAAGAUUGAAACUUGAGGAGAGUGAGCAGCACAGAGCGUCACUGGUUGAAAAAGUGAAUGUGAUGCAGCAGCUGAUGGAGGAUUUGGAGGAGAAGCUUGCUGACAGUGAAGUUUCUAGAACCACAGAGGAGGAGAUCAGCAAAGAACUUCAAGAGCAACUGAACCAGCUGACUGAGGAGCUUCAGAGUGUGCGAGCUGAGAAAGAAGCUCUCCUGUCUGAGCCAAAUGCUGGUGCUCAGAGCUCUGCAGAGGAGAUAGAGAGGCUGCUCUCUACAGUUACAUCUCUGACUGCAGAGAGAGACCAGCUCAGGAUGGACCAUGCAGCAAAAAUGCGCAGUGUAUCGCAGAGUAUCCAAGGUGAGAAAGAGACUCUCCUGAUGGCCAGCGCUCAGAGCUCUGCAGAAGAGAUAGAGAAGCUGCUCUCCACUGUGGCCUCUCUUAGUGCUGAGAGGGACCAACUCAAGCUGGACCUACAGGAAAAUGUGGAGAUGAUGAUUGAGAAUCAAGAAGAGCUGCGGACAGCUCUGGAGAAGAACCGUGAACAGAAGGAGCAGAUCAGACAGUUGGAGACUGUACAAACAUCCAAACAGGAUGGUACUGUCACUGAGAUGAGUGCACAGCUGGAGGCACUACAAACACAUAUUAAGACUUUGACUGAGGAGCUUGGAUGUGUGCAAGCAGAGAGAGACAGUCUGCUGUCAGAGAGGACAGCCAACACUCAGAGCUCCACAGAGGAGAUGGAGAAGCUGCUCUGUAAAGUGACGUCUCUCUGUGAGGAGAGAGAUCAGCUGCUGGAGACACUGGAGGGACUGACACAAGAGAAGGAGCAGCUCAGGGCAGAACUGGAGGACAGAAUGAUGGCUACAAAGACUCAAAACCUUCUACAACCACUUCAAGAGCAACUCCGAGAACUGAAUGAAACACACAUUGACCUGGAAAGAAUAAGCAGAGAGAAGCAGGUUGAGCUAGAACAACAGGUUGCAGAGUCUCAGUGUCUUCUACAUUCUCUUCAAGAGGAGCUGCAAGAGCAGAAACAAAAGAACUCUGAUCUGGUGAAACUGUAUGAGCAGAAGGAAGCAGACUUACAGCAGCAGACAAAGUUUCUAACCGAUAAGCUUGAAAGUGCACAAGCAGAGAGGGAUGUCCUGUUGUUUGAGAAAGAGAACAGUGGUCGGAGCUCCACAGAGGAGAUGGAGAAGCUGCUGUGCAGAGUGACGUCUCUCUGUGAGGAGAGAGAUCAGCUGCUGGAGGGACUGGAGGGACUGAGACAGGAAAAGAAGGAGCUUAAAGCAGAGCUGGAGGCAAAGAUGGAGAUGAUGCAGUGUGAGUUGCAGCAGCAGCUCAGCUGUGAGCCUCAGUCACUGAAAGAAGAGCAGGAGGCUGAACGACUUCUACAGAUCCAACAGCUGGAAGAGUAUCUAGAUAAGACCAAGGAGGAGGUGAGCCAGUUGAAGUUUGACCUUCAAGAGAAUGUAGAACUGAUGAUCGAGAACCAGGAGGAGCUGAGGGUCUCUCAGGAGAAGAUCAAAGUUCUUCAGGAUGAGAUCAACAUACUGAGGAGUCAGAGGGCAGAGCUGGAGAGCAGACCAGCCAGUGGGAAUGAUGCACAGAGUACAAUACAGAUACAAGAACUUCAAAAUCAGAUUCAGAGUCUGACUGCAGAGCUUGAGAGUGUGCAAGCAGAGAGAGACAGUCUGCUGUCAGAGAGGACAGCCAACACUCAGAGCUCCACAGAGGAGAUGGAGAAGCUGCUCUGUAAAGUGACGUCUCUCGGUGAGGAGAGAGAUCAGCUGCUGGAGACACUGGAGGGACUGAGAGAGGAGAAGGAGCAGCUCAGGGCAGAGCUAGAGGACAGGAUGGGAGCACUACAGAGUGAGAUAGCACAGCUGAGUACAUCUCUACAGACUGUUACUGAGCAGAGGAAUGAGCUGGAAAAUGAUCUACAGCAAAAAAUGAAUAUGACUUCCACAACACAAGAGCUUCUAGAGUCAGUCCAAGAGGAGCUUCAUGAACAGAAGCAGAUCAAUUCUGAUCUUCAGAAAGUGAGUCAGGAGAAGAGGUGCUCUUUAGAUCAACAGAUAAGGACUCUAACAGAAAAACUGGAGAACACUGAAGCAGAGAGAGACAAUCUGCUCUCUGAGAAGGAAGCCAGCUGCCAGAGCUCCACAGAGGAGAUGGAGAAGCUGCUGUGCAGAGUGACAUCUCUCAGUGAGGAGAGAGAUCAGCUGCUGGAGACACUGGAGGGACUUAGACAAGAGAAGAAGCGGCUCAGAGAAGAGCUGGAGGACAAGAUGGAAACACUACAGAGUGAGAUGAGGACUUUGACAGAGAAACUGGAAAGCACUGAAGCAGAGAGAGAGAGUCUAUACUCUGAGAAGGAAGCCAGCUAUCAGAGCUCCACAGAGGAAAUGGAGAAGCUUUUGUGCAGAGUGACGUCUCUCAGUGAGGAGAGAGAUCAGCUGCUGGAGACACUGGAGGGACUGAGUGAGGAAAAGAAGCAGCUCAGAGCAGAACUGGAGGACAAGGUGGAGAUGAUGUCAGCCAUCCAGGAGAAACUGAGUGAGCAGGAGCAACAGAACAUGCAGCAGCAGUCUGAGAGAGAACAACAAGAGGCCAAUCUGCAGCAGGAAGUGCAACAGCUCGAGGAGCAGCUCCAAAUGCAGAAGGAGAAACAAACCCAUGCUAAAGCUGAGGCAGAUGCCUUACAGCAGUUGCUUAGUGAGGCCAACACAACCAUCUCAGACCUCAAAGAGCAGCUGAAUAGUUUGGCUCAGAUCACCACCGGAGUCAAGGAGACCGUGUCAUCAAGGCUGCACGACUCCACUCAGCAGCUUCAGGAGUCCUUCAGAGGAUUCCAGCACUUCAUAGACACUUUUUCCAAAUAUAAUUCCACAUCCCUGGACAAGGCCCUCACAAUGCAGUGUUCCCUGAAGCAUCAUGUGACCUCUCUUCCAAAACCCACCAUGGAUACCUACAGUGCUAUCUGUCUGCUGGGGCAACAGACUGUUCAGAGACUGGGAAACAUUACCGAACACCUACAGGCUCAGGCCCAGGCCUACAGGAAUCUGUUUGAGGAGUUGGUGAAGAAAGAUUUGACUGUCUUUGAGGAGAGGAGGCUGCAGGAUGUACUGCUGUGUAGAGCGCAGGCACCCAGCUACUCUGUCAAAUAUGAGGACUUCCACACACUGUGGGAACACAGACUGACUGAGCUGCUGGACAAGAGGCAGCUCUAUCAGCAGAAAAUGGCCAGUAUUUUGGAGAAGCUCUGGGCCAACAUGGCUUCAUAUCCCAGUGAGCUGUCAGCUGAGAUCAGAGAGCGGGAGAAGUUCAAGGAGCAGCUACAGGCCGUGCUCACCACCCAGCCAAUCAACUUCAGCAGACUCGACAGCAUCCUGAAAUGUGAGCUGGACCGCAGAUCUGCAGUGAACAGCAGGAAGGUGACUCUGCAGAGUGGCCUGUUUGAAGAACUGAAGCUGCUGAAGGCUCACGCUGAUUCUCAGCUCAGAGAGGAGAAAAGCAAAAGUUCUACUCUGCUGCAGGGGCUGGAGGGAGCUCCUCUGAAAACAGAGCUCUCCCUGCUGAAGGACAACCAGCAACUUGUUCUGCAACUCCAGCAAACUGAAGAAAAAGUCAAAGCACUGUUUGAACAAAAUGAGCAGCUCAAGGAGGCACAAAUAAAAGCCAAUAACAGGGUGUCCAACCAUAAACAAGCCACUCAGCUCCUGCAGACAGAGCUGCAGGACAGCCGUGCACAAAUUGAGGAGAAAGAUACAACAAUCCAAACCCUCAGGAGCAAACUGCGAGAGUCUGAGAAAAAUGCAUCACCGAGUGCUGCAGAGCUUGAAAAACUUCAGACUAAACUCUUCAAAAUGGAGGUGGAGCUGAGGUCAGCAACUGAUAAACACCAACAAGAUAUCCAGAGGAUGACCACAGUGUUGAAUGAAAAGGAAGAUUCAUUGAGGAAGCUGAGGGAGACCUUGAGGAGAUCACAACAGCAAGGAGAGGAGUCGUUCCUGCAGGGGGAGGACCUUCAUGCUAAACUCACCAAUCCCAGAGGUUUGGUGAUCAAGAGCAGCAUUCUGCUGGAGAAGACCAAACUGGAGGAGGAAGUCAGACAGCUGCAGCUGAAAAUAACUGAGCUGGAAGGUUUGGUGUCUACCCAGCAGGCAGAGAUCAACAAGUGGAAGAGUAGAGCCAUCAAGAUGAAGGCAAAGAGCAAAGCUGAAGUGGACAGGCCUUCAUCACCCUGCACUCCCAUUAAGAGGGGCCUUCCAAUGACCUCAGACUGCUCCAACUUCCUUAGUUCACCUAAGAAGAUCCUGGAUUCUCCCAGGAAGCUGCUGGGUUCUCCAAAGGUCUCUCUGCUCGAUUCCCCCAAAAGCAGAUUUUUUGAUGUGGGCGGGAGCUCAGAGCUGCUGUCCAGAACCUGUCCCAAGCAGUUCUUUGAUAACUCCAGCCUUGGAACCAUUCCAGAAGUGUCCCAUGUUCCUGAUGCACAAGAUGCAGAGAAGGGACUAGGACUGUCUGCAGAACAAGCAUUAUCUUCUAAACAAGAAAACCUGCUUUGCGAUGCUGAUGCAGGUGCAGGUGCCAGUGCAGCCAGAAAGGAGGAGUGGUGGCCUCAGUCCCCAAAACAAGAGGAUAUGUGUAAAACCCAGUAAAACAUACCAUGUGCAAUAUUUUUAAAUGGUUUUGUCUUUUUAAUGUUUCUGGCUUUUUAUUGUUUCUAGCAGUUUGUUUUUUCUCAUUCUGUUUUACUCUUUUAAUAAUAAAACUGCUCUUGCUUCUAGA